UUCAUCUGUCUCUCUUGACACAGAUAACUCCUAUAUUUCCUCGCUCAGACUGUGCUGAAUAAUUACAUUCCACACCCCACCUUUCAUCCUCAAUCUUUACAUCUCAUCAUCCAUACCCCAUACAUACCACCUCUAAGCUACUAACAUCUUUCAAAAGUGGGCUCUCUCUCUCUCUCUCUCUCUCUCGUUAAAAUGGAAGAACCAUCAUUCAUUAGUCCACAACAACUUAAACAAACUCUUCUUAACUACAAUCAAGAUUACACUCUUAACACUACUAAUCACAAUAUUAAUCAAGAAAUUCAAUACCCUCCUUCCCCUUGUUCUGAUGAUGAUUUCAACUCAAACCCCAUCACAAUUUCCCUGUUUUUUAAUCCUUCCAAGAUUCGAAAAACACUUCACCGCUGCAGGAGUUCCCCUGCAAUGACUGUUAUGCAUGACACCAAGAAAAGUGUGGCAAAACCUGUGCCAAAUUCAGGUUCUUUAGUUAGACAAGCUACCCUUUUGCUCAUUGUGUAUUUGAUGUUGGGAAUUUUGAUUUAUGCGUUUAAUCGUGAUCAUUUCUCCGGUAUCGAAACGAAUCCCUUUAUUGAUGCUAUAUAUUUCUGUAUAGUUACUAUGUGUACAAUUGGUUAUGGUGAUAUUGCACCUUCUUCUGCUGCUGCUAAGAUAUUUGCUUGUUUGUUUGUGCUUGUGGGGUUUGGUUUUAUUGAUAUCUUGUUAUCCGGGGUUGUGAAUUAUGUUCUUGAUUUGCAAGAAAACAUGAUUUUAACAGGCAUUGAAGAGAAUUCAGUAGAGGGGUUUUCGGUUAAGAAUUAUAUUUAUGAUAAGGCUAAAGGGAGGAUGAGAAUUAGGUUGAAGGUUGGUUUGGCUAUCGGUGUGGUUUUCUUGUGUAUCGGACUUGGGAGUGUGGUUUUGUACUAUACGGAGGAGUUGAGUGUGAUUGAUUCCUUUUAUUUGUCUGUGAUGUCCGUUACUACUGUUGGGUAUGGUGAUAGAGCUUUUAAGACUCCUCAAGGGAGGUUGUUUGCAUCGUUUUGGCUUUUGUUUUCAACGCUGGCCGUGGCUAGGGCAUUCUUGUAUUUGGCAGAGGCAAGGAUUGAUAAGAGGCAUAGGAGGAUUGCAAAAUGGGUGUUGCAUAGGGAAAUCACGGUCGAGGAUUUGGUUGCUGCUGACCUCAAUCACAAUGGCUUCAUCAGGUCCAGUGUAUUUUGGCACCUUGAGUAGCAUAAGAAGGGGUUGGAAAGAGCACAUUAUGGAAUUCAGCAUCAAUGACAUAACCAGGGUUAACGAUAGUUAUAAGUUGCGAUGUUUGAUGAACUUGGUCUCCAAAAAGGCUAGUACUUUAAGCAUCAGUCUUUCGCUUUAUGACGCAGGUAGGCAAUGAGAGCUAUCAUAUAACGGAUAAGCUUCAAAUGCAGAUGUCAUAAUGUACUAGAUGGGUAAAUGACGGACUAGUAAUUAGUUCUUUCUGUUUCUAUGACGUGUUAUUUCAAGUUUAUCGACAAGCAUGCGACUUUUGGAUAACGCUAUUUGAGGUGUUUGAUGAAUUUUGUUCCUCAGAGAGAAAAGAACCUUUUUCUUUUUGCCCUUUCAUAUAUUUGAUUGUGUAGACGCACAAUGGUAAUGAUAAUAUUUAAGUUUAAAACCAUAAUUUGUAAUUUUCUAUUGGUAUAAUGCUAAUACUGAUUGAAUAUUUAUACUCUUUGGUUAGCUGUCUAGAUCUUCAUAUUUAAUAUAAUAGGGAGUUGUUGGCAUUUGCUCGGUCCUGCCUGCUGUAUCGAUGACUCUAUGUUACUUGUUCAUUUCCAAUUAUUACAAUUAUUGUAUUUCUACAAUAAGCAUAACCGUUAAGCCCGAGCAUGCCACAAAUACACACACCAGUCAUAUCGCUCUUCACAUGUUCCUCCUUAAGCAAGCAACUAAAAGAUUAGAGGUAAUUGCAUAUUGCACCCCCUAAGUAUCGUUCAAAAACGAUAGAGUACCGAUACUUUAAGAAACUCAACUCGCACAUCUUAUCUUUACUUCUCA